UCAUUCCACGCCACAUGCACACCAACAUCUCCUUUUACCCUCCACGCGCACACGCACUGACUUUUGACAUCACAGAUCACAUCAGUUCCUCCUGCAGCUUGAAAGCUCCUCCAAAGCUUCCUACGAUGCCAUUCUAAUCACGUUCGGUGGGGGGAAAAGGUCGGGAAUAAAUCACCGUGGGAAACCCCACGCACACACACCUCCUCUUUCCCCAAUCGAGCUCCACGCCUACUGGCUGACGGAUUCCUAUUUUGUCGCUUGAAGGACCACAUCAUGGCAGGAGGACCGAAGAACACAGACCCAGAAGAGGAGUUUGUGCACUCGCCCUUCAUCCGCAAGCAAGGCAACAUUUACAAGCCCAACAACAAGCAGCAGGACGGCGACAUGGAGAACGACAGCCUCAACGAGAAGUCCAUGAUGGACGAGAUGCACACCAAAGAGAUCGACCUGGUCAACCGAGACCCCAAACACAUCAACGACGACGUGGUCAAGGUGGACUUUGUGGACGUGAUCGCCGAACCAGCGGGCACGUACAGCUUCGAUGGCGUGUGGAAGGCCAGCUUUACCACAUUCACCGUCACCAAAUACUGGUGCUACCGCUUGCUGACGGCGCUGGUGGGCAUCCCGCUGGCGCUGGUGUGGGGCAUCUUCUUCGCCAUCCUGUCCUUUGUGCACAUCUGGGCGGUGGUACCCUGCAUCAAGAGCUACCUGAUCGAGAUCCACUGCGUCAGUCGCGUCUUCUCCAUCUGCGUGCACACCUUCCUCGAUCCGGUUUUCGAGGCCAUGGGCAAGUGUUUCAGCAGCGUGCGGAUCACCACCGUCAAGGAGGUGUAGGCGCCAUCUGGAGGAGGAUUCAUGGGAAUUCAUUGGGGAUUGGGUGGGGAGGGGGGGGGGGAUAUCGGGGGAGGUGGGGGCAGAGUCUGAUAGGACAUUUUUACAGGUUGGACGUUCCAAGCUAAGAGACAGGGAGGGGGGUGGUAUUUCUUGUUUUAGAGCUUUCCUUCAUGUUUUGAUCAAUUCAAAUCCUGGUACACACAACAAAAGCAACCUUCACGCUGACUAUCGGAGCCAGAUUUAGGUAAGGCGAGAUGAGAUGGUUGAAGUCGACUGCUGUCUUCUCAUUAUCUGAAUGCAUCAAGUCGUAGUGAGCGUUUGAAGUUGCUGUCCUAGCUUUGCCAGGAAGCCAAUAUGAAAUGGGCUUAAGGAUCUGAUUUUGAUCUUGAUUUCGACCCGAACAAAGCCAGCGUAAACCGGCUUUUGUGUCCGAUGUGUAACACUACGAGCAGGUCAAGUCACCACUGUAUCUGAAUGUGGAGCGCCACAAUGGUUGUGUCAGU